AUGUCGGUAACUCAGUUUCCACCGCUUCUUUCCGAAGAUGAUUGUCAAAAAUAUAAAGUCCCAUUGAAAUGGAGAGAUAGAUGUGCUGCUUAUUUUGCAUUAUAUCAAACUUGUUUAAUCAGACAAUCAGCCAACUCAUCAGUCGAUUGUAAACAUGAUAAGCAUUCUUGGGAAGAAUGUGAAAAUUUGGAUUUGAUUAGAAGAAGAAAAGAAUUACAACAAGUUAAGGAACAAAGAAGGGAAGAAUUGGCUUCUGCUUCGUCGUGA